AUGGAAGGCGAGAUCGGCCAUUACUCGCCCAGCCUGUCAAUCUUCCGGCUCUUUCGGCGUCCCGGACUUCUCGUCACCACCACCACCACCACCACCACCACCACCACCACCACUACACAUAGCGGUAUGGCAUCCAUCAACGCCUCCGCGGCUCCAAUGCCAAUCCGGUUCAUGAUUCAAGACCCCGGUUCGCGUCAAAGUAGGCAGGAGAAAAGCCUCAAAAUUGCACAAGCCCGAAGCCACGCCGCCAAAUAUGUCGGUCGGCGUGCUCGCUGGGAGAGGCAGAUCAGUUGGCGCCGAGAGACAGAUCAUGAACCACCUGGCCGAGAAGAGCAAGCGCCCCCCGCCGAUGGUGGUGCGGACGAUCAGCCAGGUCCCUCAAAGGCGCUCAUACACGAUGCUUUAACCCAGAGCAAAAGAGACCCAUUCUCUCCUUACAAUGCGUCAGAGCAUCCGGCAGUCUUUCAAGACCUCAUUGAGUUCACAUAUGACAAGCUAUGGCCUGAUCUGAUUGAGGUCGAUGGAAAGCCACCAGUCCAUCCAGGAAGGCGGCUAUGGCGCUUGGCUGCACAGGAGUGCCCUGCCGUUCACCACGUCCAUCUUGCAAGUGUUGCAGACUUUGGGAAAGCUAUGUACCAUCCCUACGCUUAUAGCACCAUGUUCGACCGGUUGAGGUUGUUUCAUCACACCCAGGCACUCCGAUUGGUAAGGCAAAUCAUACAGAACAUGGACUCCGACGCAAGCCCGACUGAUUCGCUUGUGAUGGCCGUGUACAAUCUGUCAUAUCAAGGAACAGACUGGGAUAGGCGGGAGUUUCCUGCGAGCCACGCUCCCCCGCCGACAUUGAAGGGACGUUUCCUUGCCCGUUACGGUAGGAAAGUGCCCCAUGCUGAGCACAUCCGUGCUAUGAACCUUCUCAUUCAUGCCAAGGGCGGCUUAGAAGAGGUCAAACUCAUAGGGAUUGCAGAAAUGAUAUGGCUAUGGAGCCUGAACAACUGCACAACUCUCAUACAACCGCCCAGUUUCCCCCUUCUGAAAAUAUACGAGACUCUUUUCAUCAAGUACGCAAGUAACGUCGAUAUGUCCAUUCGCAACGGCACCUUUGGGAACCUAGGAAGUGGGUUUUUAGUGCUCCCGGCACAUGACGACGUUGGCAAACUCCGAGAGCUUUUGCUUUGCGCAGCAGCCGUCACCGUCGAACUUUCCCAACUGGGGCCGGGCCAUGAGAGUACGCGAGAGUGGCGUCAACUCCUGAAAGUCGCUAGAGCAACGCACCACCAGAUCCUGAGCAUGCCCCAAGACAUUCCGGUGUCAGUCGCCGGGAGCGAAGAAGAGAGGCUGAUUUUCUCCAUCACGCGUCUCGGCGCGCUUCUCUACGACGACAUGGUGAUUUACCCCCAAAGGGACACCUCCGAAAUCAAGCCUCGACUGGCCAAUUUGCUGCGGCGCGCUUUGACUGAGAAGCUUCUCAAGUUCAUCCCCGGGGGAGGCCGCGAGGAGUACCGACCACUAAUCCUUUGGACGCUUGUGCUGGGAUGCAUCGGGGCGACGUUCACAGCAGAUCGCCAGUGGUUCGUGGCGCAGCUUCAUGAACGGUCCGCACAGCUUGGGCUAGGCAAGUUUUCCGACUUCAAGUCCACGAUGUCAAAUUAUUUGUGGUUCGAGAAUAUGGAUGAACCUGCGUGGAGGGCGUGGUCUGAAGGCGAAGAUGCGAUCCGUAUCGAAAACCAGGACAGGCAAGAGCAUGAGCACAAGGAUGGGGAUGACGACAAGGACUCCAAGGGUCCAGGGGCUGGCUUUGUUUGA